CGCCUGAAUGCAUCCACGAUAAAAAUGCGUCAGACCGGAAAAUUGUGACGCGUUGCAUUAUGGGUAUUUUCUAAACAUACACAAUGGCGCCAAAAUAAGGAGGAGCAUAGUAAUCCCACAACAAAAGAUGUGCAAUGGAGUGGGAAAGUAGUGUUUGUUUACAUUGUUCACACGUGUUUGACAAGAAUUUGAAAAGUGAAAGAAGAAGAAAGGUUUCUAACAUCUGUGAUUUGGAUUUUAUAGACAUUAUAGCCAAAACUUAUAGCCUUGAUUUUGAUCUGUUGAAAAAAUUUCUCGACGCGAAUGAAGAUUUAUUUAUAUGUGCAAAAUGUUAUAAUUCUGUUAAAUCAGUUUCAACAAACAGUAAAAAAUAUGAUCAGUCAAAAACAUCUUUAACAGAUUCUGCCUCCAAUGACUUUAAGAACUUGUCUAUACAGAUAGAAUACCGUUCUAUUCCCAGUAACAAUGUCAAUGACAGAAGUGCACUAAAAAGAAACAGGAGUAGCCUUACUCCCACCAAGUCUGGAUGUACGCCUAGAGCUAAGAAACAAGAUAAAAAUGUCUCAACAACGAAAACACCAAAGAAUAAUAGACGACGUCUCUGCUUCUCUGACAAGAAAUCAACACAGUCUCCAGGCCCUAAAGUAAAGGUGAACAUAGGGUAUCGUGGAAGUUCAAGGAACACAGUUUUGAAAGGACAUGAGAAGUUGGCAUGUCGUGCCUUAGUACAUGAAGCAGUACAAAACAGCUGUAAAUCACAUGUUCGCAUUAGAUGCAAAGAAAGAAAUUGGCAUUGUCAUCAAAAAGAAAAUCAAUAAAGAAAUAACAGAAAUAGUAAAAAACAAAGACUCCUUAUUAAGGUGAUCAAAUCUUUCUUCCUUCUCCUGGAAAUCCGCCUACAGACAAUUAGAGAAUAAAUGUCCUUUGACAAUGGACCUCCUUCAGACAAUAUGUGGGGAGAAGAAAAAAAAUGAACCGAGACUUGUCACCAGCAUGGCCGUCCUUCUGUUUACCAGAAAUCAGCAAAUGAACACUAUUCAAUCUAUAAACAGUGUGUUAAUGUUCUGAG